AGUUUUAGUCGAACUGUUGCGGAUGAAUGUCGUGAACGGUUGUCGUCUUCUUUUUGUUUCUGAGCAUUUUUUUUUACUAUAGGUAGAAUCUUGUUGUAUCUGUUUUGAAAGUAAUAUCGUAAAAAUUCAAAUAAAAUUACGAACAAGCAAAAACAACUAUCGAGUGCGUGCGGUAUUCUAAAGUGAAGGAAUUUUUAUAUCCUAUAUCUACCUACACACUACACCGCAAUAUAAUACUCCUCUUCACCAAAAAGCUGUGUGAUAAAAGUGUUUUUUUUUUCUUCCUUCGUCGUUUCGUGAAUUUGCUAUGGGUACCUACAUAAUCUUGUGAAAAAGAAAAAUUGAAUUUUAGGCGCCAGGAGCUGAAAUAAGUGUCACACUGUGAUGGGAAAUAAAAUAAAUAAAUAAAUCAAUAAGUGAAUAGGAUAAAAAUUAAUUUAGAGAAGAAAUUUAAUUAUAAAUAGAAAAUUUCGUGAGUUCUUGAUGAUUGUCGGUAAUUCUUAAAAAAGAAAAAAAAAACAAAUCUAGAAGAAGAGAAAGUGGAUUAAAGGAUAAACCAUUCGAGAUAGGCAUUUCCUGUGUUGGGAAAAAGUUCAAGUCGCAAUGAAUGGAUUUGUUUGUAUCUAUGAGAUUAAACUGUUGUUUGAAUUUUGUAUAAUAUAAGAAAUUUGGUUGUGAAUCUUAAUUAAAAUUAAUUUAAUACUGAAAUAAAAACAAAACAAAAAAUGUUAAGAACUCGUCGGUAAUAAGUCUUAUAUAAAUUAGGUAUAUACAUAGGUACGAAGUUAUAACGGUGAAGUGAUGUUUUGUCAGUGAUUUUGUGUUAAAAAAAUAUAGAAUUGGAUUUUUUGUUUUUGAAUUAAUUUCAACGACUUUUGCUGAAAUUUAAGAAGUGAUAUUGGAUUUGUCAAGUGUGCUACUCAUCGGAAGUCUUAUUUAAAUACCUCACAGCACACGCCGUAAAAAAAAACACAACAACAGCAACAACAACAAGAAUAAGAACAAAAUUUGGCAUACACAACAAUAAGUUGUUAAAAACGGACCCCAACCACCGCCGCAACCCCCAAAAUCAUCAUCGUCAUCAUGUCGUUCUCUUGGCAUAAAAACAAAUUCGCGAUACUUUUCCUGAUAUGCUGUACAGUGUAUUCCACAGAGUCACGCUAUCGCGACAAAGAGCACAAACGGCCAGAAAAAUCAGAUCGUUUCUACAGCCAACCCGCCCAGCCCGCCACCCAGGAACAAAUUAAUCUCUGCUCCCGACGAAGAGAUAUGAAAUUAAUGUGCUAUUGCACCCCCGAUGAUUCCGCAUACAUGCCCGUUAACAAGGCCGAAUGUUGGAUAUUCCAAAAUGGCCUCCACCAAAACGACACCACCUGGCAGCGGUUCUACCAGCAGAAAAAGCUACGCCAUUUGAAAUUCCUCGUCCAGAAUACCGGUUACCUGGACUACAUCCCAACCAAGUACUUGGAGAUGCUAACCAACCUCACAACACUGAGUAUCGAGUAUUCACAGAUUCAAGUGGUCAAAGGCUAUGCAUUUGCCAGUCUACCAAAUCUGGAAUUGAUUACACUGACGAAUAAUCUCAUUGAAAUUAUCGACAGGGACGCCUUCGCUAAUCACAUCUUUUUGCGUGAACUCAAUUUGAUGCGCAACCAAGUGACCGAAAUGGAUCGAUACGCAUUCCGAAAUUUACCAGUGUUGCAGAAACUAUAUCUCAGCUGGAAUAAUAUUUCGAAUCUGCACGAGGGGGUGUUCAGUGAAAUGGGAAAAUUGGAGGACUUGAGUUUGGAGCACAAUUUGAUUUCGGUAUUGACGGGUGACAUGUUCAAGGGGUUGGGCAAUUUGAAGACUUUGAAACUAACGCACAACAAUUUGAAUUUCAUUGGGGAUACAGUUUUCGCAGAAUUAUGGAGUUUGCAGGAACUCGAAUUGGAUGAUAACCGGAUCGAGCGUAUCUCGGAACGUGCAUUGGACGGGCUUAAUAAUUUAAAAACUCUAAACCUACGAAACAAUGCCUUGAAAAAACUUGACAAUGGCCUACUACGAGGCACACCGGCUCUCCUUUCAAUUAACUUACAGGAAAAUUUCCUCGAAACACUCACAUACUACAAUUUCCAACCAAUUAUGGAUAACUUGGUUAAUAGUACCAGUGAGCUAUCAGUAUCAGACAACAACUUCAUUUGUGACUGUCGACUCCAAUGGAUAUUCGAUCUACGAAAUAAAACCCGAAACAUUAAUCUGAAGGAGUCCCUGGAGGAAAUCGUCUGCACGCUGUACGAUGACAAAAAGAACAAUAUGCCGCAAGGACUCUCGAACAUCGACAACAACGAUGUCCUCAUGAUGAAUGCGAUCCGCGGCGAUAGGCCAGCCAUUGGUAGUGGCAUCGGUGGCAUUGGUAGCAGCAGCAGCAUUGUCCAGCCAGGAACCAAGCAACACCGACAGCAGUACAGACGUCAUCAGCAGCAGGACCAACACUCCUUGGACCUCUAUCCACAUCACAAACAGUCAAAUUCAGCUCUGGUUGCCGGCAGCAGCAUCAGUGGCAGCAGCAGUAGCAUCAGCAGCGGUAAUGAGUUUGGUAAUAGAAAUCGUGCCUCGGCUGCAUCAAUGGAGCCCGGUCAUGAGUAUUAUGUCGAUGAGGCUCCGUAUGUUUUCGAUAACGAUGCGAACGAUGCUGAUGACGGCACCGGGAACGGCAACGGUAACGGCAACAUCGACGGCUUGGACACGAACAAUGCUAUUGGAAUUCAUAGGUCACGGCAAUUGCAACAGCCACAACAGCACCAGCCGCUUCAGCACGAUGCCAGAGGUGUCGGACGUGUUGUCGAACUUUUAAAAUUGAGGGCCGAAACGCUGCCGUGUCCGGAGGAGCUUAGCGACCCCACUGAGCUGCCAUUGUCACGGGAAUCGAUUGGCAUGGAUGUGCGUGGCACGCAUUCGGCCAGCAGUUGCCAGAGUAUCUUCUCCCAUUGGUCCUUGUUGUGUGUGCUUGUUUGGUCGGUUGGAGGACCACUCGUAGGCGGAACGAUAACUUUACGUUUUUGGUCGUAGAUUUAUCGUUCAUUGAUUUCUAGGUUUUAUUAGAAUCUUUUUUUUUUCAUUUUUUUAUUUUUUAAAUUUUGUAUUGUCUUUUAUUUUAGGUCAUUUGGAUUUUUGUUUUCGUUUCUUACAAAAUAAGGAAAAAGUGCGUCUCUGGGUAUAAAGGUGUAUGUGUCUGAAUGCAUGUUUCACAUCCUAAUAUAAUAUUGAAAAAAAAAAGAAGAAAAUAAUUUAAGGAAAAAUGUUAUUAUUUGUAGAAAGAAAAAAAUAAAAUGUUUAUAAUUUGCCAUGUGCUGAGAGAUCUAUAUUCUUGUGCUGCGAUGCGGUUCUUUUUUUUAUAAUUGCCUACAUAACUACAUAAAGUAUAUAAUAUAUAUUUUUAAAUUCUUAAAUUAUAUACAUAUAGACAUUCAAACAAAAACUGUAUUUAAUUUUAAACAAAUGUGUGUAUAUUUUUAAUAUUAUUAUUUAAUGUUAUUUAUAUUUGUUUAAAUUUAUUUUUCCAUGAGAAAUGAGCUUGCACACACACACACACACUUACACAUAAUAAUAAAUUAUUUGUUUAAACAAUUUCAUAGCGCUAUUUUUUUAUAUACAAAAGUAUUUAUAUAUACAUAUAUAAAUAUAGGAAUAUAUAGGACCAUAGCUGGUAGUCAUUAGGUAAAUAAGUUUUAUCUAGUUUUUCUAAACCAAAAAAAAUAAUAAUAAUUUCUGAUUUAUUCAAAUGAAACUUUAAGAGGGUAAAUUUGAUUUUGGGAAUCAUGAAUUUAAACCUGAAGAGACUUUUUCAAAGUAAUUUGCAAUAGAAAAAGAAAAAUAUCAUAAAAAAUAGACUUGAGAGCUCUUUUUGAGCAUUGAGCGUUGCGACGGUUUUAAGAAAGUCAAAGAAGAAUUUUGUACGUAAUGCUUUUCAAAGUUUUUAUUAUUAGUUUUGUAUUUGUGUUUUAACUCUUUUAUGCAUCGUGUCUGAAACUAAAGUUUGAGGAUAAAUUAUUUACCGAAAUGACAACUGAUAAAGAAAACGAUAGUUUUCAGAAAAAGAUAUAGCUACAAUAUAAGGGCAAUUACCAGACAAAUAUUUCGACUUCUGAAUAAAUGUCGAAAUUCAUAUUUUAAAUAAUAUGUGUUUCAAAUCCCACGCAUAUAUUUCUUAUUUUCAGAUUUCCUCUUAAGUUUCAUUAUGAAUCUGCCCUCUAAUUGCAUUGAAAUGGAAAAAAAUUAAAUAAAACAAAAAAAUAUUUAAGCUUAUUCUUAAGUAUAGUUCUAAGUAAAACAUUUUUAACAUUAAAACAAAAAUUAAACAAAAAAAACAUAUGUAUACACAUAUAAAUAUAUAUAUAUUUAUAUUUUUAAGAACAAGUUUAAAUAAUACAAAAAAUAAAAUAAAAAUAAAUGUAUUUACACAACCAUAAUGUAAAUAUAUUCUUCUACUUAAAUAUAGUUACGGUUGAUUUAAAUUACAAUAAAAAAAAAAAAAACAGAAUACAAAAGAAAACUUAAAAAUAUAAGUGAAAAGUAAAAAAAUAAAGUAUAAUGUAUAUUUAUGAAAAUAUGAUUUUUUAAAUAGAAACAAAAAUAAAUACAAACUGGGUUAAUUUGAUUGAAUUUUUUUAUUUAAAGUCUUACCUUGAGAAUUUCUCUUUAAUAAAAACAAAAAAGUUAUUAAACAAUUCAAAUAAUGUAACUAAAACUAAAAUUCAUUAUUAAUUUGGAGUUAUAGCCGAAUUUAUUUUGUGUGUAUAUGUAGAGUAAGACUGACACAAUAUUUUUAAUAAAAAAAGAUGAAUAAAAUAAAUUUUAAUAAAAUUUAAAUGUUUAGCAAAAAAAAGUAAAAAAUAUUGUCAAGCGUUAAAUUUAAAAAAAAAUAUGGAACUCGAUAAAAUGGACAAAAAUAAAUAUUAAUGGCUAUGUAUAAUGUAUAUUUUUUAAAAUGAAAAAUUUAUUAACAAUACAAAAAAAAAUUAAAUUAAAUAAGUGGUAAUUGAUAUAAGAAUAAACAAACCAAACAAAAAUAAGAAAAAUUGUAAAAAGAUCUUCAUGAACAUAACUAAAUUUUAGUUGACAAUCAAGGUGCAAAUUGUAAACAAAGUAAAACGUAAUACAAACACAAAAUACAUACAGCAAACUCUAUGAAAAGAUUUACAACAAAAUAAAAUAAAACAAAAAUAGGAACAAAAAUAUUGUGUUUAAAAACAAAACAUUUCUAAUAAAAACAGAAUAGAGUUACCCCACCCGUAUCCUGUUGUUCUCAUUUUCUUUUCCAUCAUUUAAAUGCACUCAGUAUAAAAAAAAUCUAUGGAAUAAGUGUACGACAAAAAUAAGAAACAAAAAACAAAUAAAAUAAAAAAACCAAAAAUUAUUAUAUAUACAAAAUAAAAUCCAUAUAAAUGUUUAAAUACAAAGACAAAAAAAAAUAAAAUAUAUAUUAACUAUCGCAACCAACAGGAAAAAAUUCAAAUAAUAAAAUACAAACAAAAACUGUAAAGUAUCUUAGGUAGAUGUAAAAAUAAAUUGUUUUUCUUGUCUUAGUUUUAAUUUUUUCAGCAAAACAAAAGAAAAAAGACAAAGAAAUAAGGGGAAAACCAUGAAAUAUUAAAUACUAAUAUUUUUUAGAAUAGCUAAGGUACUAUAAUAAAACAAAAAAAAUCUAGAUCUUAAGGCAAAAACUUUAAAACGCUUCUUCAAAGAAAAAAAAAAGAAUAUUUAUUUAUUCGUCGAUUUAAUACCAGCUCUACCAUAAAUUUUAUUUUAUUUUAAUUUUUAUUUCAAAAAUAUUUUAGAUGUUUACGCUUUAAGCUUUAUAAAGUGUGUUAAAAUGAUCUUUUGAAACAGAAAAAAAAUAAAUAAAAUUUAAAACUAUAUAUAUUUUUAAAAAUAAACAAUGAUUUUUUUCCUAAUUCAUAAAAAUAAAAUUAUAAUUUUUCUUUUCUUUGUUAAAUUAAUAUUCUUUUUUGUAUAUUUUAAUUUGUAUGUGAUUAAAUUCCUUUUUAAAUAAUUAAGUAAUAAAAAUGACAAGAAUUGUAUAAAAAAUAAAUCUUAAAGAAAGAAAAACAAAACAAAAAAAACUGUAUAAAGGGACAUUUAUUUCUCUCAUUGUUCGCACAUUAAUAUUGUACACUUAAUUUAUUUCGAUUCGAAUAAAAUAACAGAAGUCAUUUGCUAAUUAAAAUAAAAAAUAUAAAAA